AUGCAGCUUAUUGUACCAUUCUGUUUCUUGUGUCUUUUGAUUUUACAGCAAACAAUAACAGUAACAUCAUUUACUGCGAUGAUGCGUACUCCUGAUAAUGAAGCACGCCGAUUAUACAGUGCACGACGUUUACGAGCUCCACUUAUGGGUCGUUCAAUAACAACAACAGCAUUACAUACUGAUGAUGAUGAUGAUAGUGAUUUGUCUAAAAGUGAUUCAAAUGGUAGUAGUAAUAGUAAUGAAAAUGAACUUAUUACACUUGAUAAACGACGUAGUUAUGCAGUAUUAGGUGGACGAAGAUGGGUGAAUUCAAGAAAAAGAGGACCGCUUUUUGGAUAA